AUGUCGAUUAUAUUGAUUACGGAUGUCUUGGCUGAUGCAAUGAUCGACCUUCCCGGCUUCUACAGCUUCGGUCGCCAUCAGUACUAUUCUCUGCUUGAGAUGGAACCGUUAACUGCGGAAAUUCGUUCAUUAUUUCGUGAUCAACAUGUGAAUAUUGAAGAUGUGGAGAAGGCUUUACUUUCUUACAAAAGUAAUCAACAAGACUGGUCCAGUUUCGCACUUUUUGAUGAAAGGAACUACACACGCAAUCUCGUGGACACUGGCAACGGCAAGUACAACAUGAUUGUGCUAUGCUGGGGUCCAGGAAUGUGCACGAACAUUCAUGAUCAUUCUGGAUCAUAUUGUUUCGUCAAGAUGCUCGAAGGCCAGCUAAAAGAAACGAGAUUUGCUUAUCCCAAAGAAAAUUCCUCUAUUGGACCACUGUCGAAAACUGGCGAAUCAAUUAUCUCAGUGAAUGAGGUCAGCUAUAUGAGUGAUGAACUAGGACUUCAUCGAAUGGAAAACUCAAGUCAUUCUGAGAACGCUGUUAGCUUGCACAUUUAUUCACCAGCAUAUAACAAAUGCAGUCUAUUUGACCAGAGGACAAGUCAGCGACAUACGUCUAAGGUGACGUUUUGGUCUCGUUAUGGUAAACUAUCCAGUUCUACGGAACUACCAUUUGAUCGCAUCCAUGGCUCUGCAAGAAAAGGAUGA